UCCUCACGUCAAUCACGUUUUGUGUCUUGCGAAUCGCGAAAUUCUUCCUGUUUAAUUUUCUAUUGGAUUUAUGAUGGAAUUUUUCGCGUACUUAGUCGCAAAUAAAGCCUCUACCUCUAAGACAAUCAACAUCCGCAGAGUGUACGUAAAUGAAGAUCCAAAUACGGAGGAAACGGAACCAUGCCCCAAAUGUAUGGCGCGGAAUCAUCAGAGUACCGUUCGGUAUAUGUAUGUGAACCUGCAGGAAGCCAUCUACAAAUGCGAGUCGCCAUUCUGCAUGUAUCCAUUCCAGAAUUUCAAGUUCAAAAAUUACACCGAUAAUACGGUGUACUAUUAUUCAUCAGCUGCCGAAGAAACGCCAUUGGAAGAUUUUAGCACAACGUUUACGAACGUUCCAUCACCGUUCAAAGGUGCACACGAAGGGCACCAGUCGGUAAAAGCAAGUCCACCUAUAGCAUUCAACAUGCAUUUCCUUUCUCCUGAACACAGCCAUGCUGAUUCGAAGCUUGCAGAGGUUAGCCCUGGACUAAACAUUUUCGACAGUCCUUCCCUUAGCUACAAAAAUUUGAUUCAGGAUUUCGAUACCGGUUUCAUAGAUGAUAUUCUGCAGGAUUUAAGCCAACCAUCACCGGAAAAGAAAUCAGUGCUGGUAAGCCCGGUUCGUGUUGUACAAAAUGAUCCUUCCACUACAAACCGUCAACUGAAGCGAUGCCUGCAAAUGUUCAAAGAUAGCAGUGCUUCGACUGAAGUUGUGUUCAAAGUUCCUCCCCUACCCGGAUCGGAAGUUCCUAGUUCUCCAAAGAUUAAAUCUAAGAAACUGUCCCCAUUGCGUCGACACAAACAUGUUCGUCGGACGCAUCACUCCAACAGUAGUUCGGUGGAUAAAGUCUCCAGGAAAUGCCGAAUGAAACCGUUGGACUUUAUUGAAACUAUGAAUAGCAUACAGCCAAAGGAAGCUCCACCUGCUGAGCCGAGAUUGGCGGGAGUAAAACCGUUAAGUAAUCAAAAGGUGGAAAGGAUGUUAAACUUUAUAGAGCGAAGUAUGAAGAAACGAGAACCCACACCGGAGGCUACCGUUGCACACGUAGAACAACCGCCGAAACGUUCCAUCGAACAACCGGUGAAGAAACAUCGAAUUCACAGGCAAACAAAGCGACUUUCCCUCUCUGCCGCUGUUCUCCAGGAUAGCAAGUUCGAUUACAGCACAUCGGAAUCGGAACAAGAGGACAUAUCAGAUUCUGUUCCAUCACCCUUCAAAUCGGUCAACAGCGGUCUGGGAUCGCUCAGUCAACUGCCAUCGGAAAAUGAUCAGAAUCAUUCGUUGCCUUCGUUUGAAAAUCUCCUGAUGCAUAUUCAUCCCGUGCAGCCACAAGUUCAGCCGUACCACAACAUUCCGGCGAUCGGGUUUCGGUCCGCUGAAUCUUCACCCACCCGUGUUCAGCAAUGGGAGAAGACACCUCCUCGGAGGAUUCACAGUAUGGGAUCGCUAAAUAGCUUGCUGGAAUAAAUAUGCAGUUAAAUUGA